GUUGUACUACGCGCCCCACAGUGACAAAGCUGCUGCUGCUCAUGUUCGUGUGCGGCACCGCCCUGGCGCUGCAGCUGGCGGCGGCGCCCUACCGCGCAGUGACCGUGUGGGACGACACAGAUUUCGGCAUGGGGCCGGGCAGUGGCGUGGUGGCGGCCGCAGAGCCGCAGCACGACCAAGAUCAUGGCAAGCAGCAGCAGCCGCAGGGCUCUGGCAGAGUCUUUGGGCCAAGCCAAAGCCUUACGCGGCGGCACACGACCAGUCUGGCGCUGCAGGGCUCACUCGGGCAACCCGCAGGCGCCACCGGCUGCGCGCCGCAGGACCCGGCGGCCGGCGGACCCCGCCGGCUGUACCUGUACCACCCCUACACCCGCCCCGUGUACGACGCCGUGAACUGGGCUGAGACGGCGGCGCUGGCGGCCCUGCUCCUGACUGUGUACUUUGCGCUGUACCUGACGUACACGGGCGGCAGCACCAUGGUGCUCAGUGUGCUCAUCGGCGUCACCAACGGCCUCAUGAUGGCGGUGCUGGCGCUGCUGGUGCUGCACCUCAGCAGCAUGGCCAUCAUGCAGGAGCGCCGGCUCCGUCAGAGCACGCUGCAGAACUACAUCCUCAUGUCGGCGGCGGCGAUGGCUUUCCCCUGCUGCGUGCUGCCGGACGCCGACGACAUAAGCGCACAGAACAAGAAGUCAGACGGCGCCAGUAGUCGCAAUCUACAGCCGCCGCCGCAUGGUGCCACCAGCAGUGGGACCAGCGCACGUGGCCGCCUGAGUGCUGGCACGGCUGCCGGCAGUGUCAGCAGUGUCAGCGGCCGCUGCGGUGGCGGCGGUGUCAUGGGGGGCAUCAGCGGUGGGAAAAAUUGGCCGGAGCGAGAAGCGAAGCAGUGAUACACUCCAGUGUAAGAAUGUGAGAUC